AGGCGGCCGCCAUCUUGUGCGUGCGGCUGGAACCAGGCGGGCGGGCGCAGUGGUCGCGAGCCGUUUAUUUGUUUGGUUGGGGGCGGCCGGCCGCUCGCUUCGCCCCCGCGACGGGACCCGGCAGCGAGGGCCCAGCUGGCGCACGGAGGCGGCCGGUGCUUCCCGGAUUUAUGGUGCUGCGCUGGGGGAGGAUGAACGGAGGAUAAAUGGUGCCCAAAGCAGACAGCGGCACCUUCCUCCUCCUCUUCUUGCUGGUGCUCAGCAUCACCGAGCCGCUGCGGCCAGGUCCUGGGCUAGCUCUGGCAAGACUUCUUUCAGAGCUGCGCUGCAUCCCAGGACAGUUCACCUGCCGGAGCGGCUCCAUCCAGUGCAUCCCAUUGAACUGGCAGUGCGAUGGGUGGCCCACCUGCGAGGAUGAGAGUGACGAAGUGGACUGUCCAAAUUCUACAGGGGACCAGCGGACAUAUCACGGGAAGGAAAAUGCGGAUUCCAGGCACAAUCGCGGAAGAGGAGGAGAGACGACCCGCUUCCACACGGUCAACAUGGCCCAGCCGGUCCGGUUUAGCAGUUUCCUAGGGAAAUGCCCGUCAGGAUGGCACCAUUACGAGGGCACAGCCAGUUGCUACCGGGUGUACCUAAACGGCGAGAAUUACUGGGACGCUGUUCAGAUGUGCCAGAGGGUGAAUGGAUCACUGGCGACCUUCACCACCGACCUGGAACUCAAAUUUAUCUUGGCCCAGGAGUGGGAUGCCGAGGAGAAGGGCUUUGGGAAGAAGGACCAGCGGAGGUUCUGGGUUGGCUAUCAGUUUGUCAUCACCAGCCGAAAUCAUUCUCUCGAAGGGAAAUGGGAGGUUGCUUAUAAAGGUUCGUCGGAAGUGGUUUUGCCCCCGCCGCCCACACACAGCAGCGCCGUGUCUGAAAGCGAGAACAUCCUCUGUGCCCAGUUCCAGUGCUCCCAUUUCCCGACUCUCCGGCAUCAUGGUUUUCACAGCUGGUAUGCUGAAAACUGCUACGAUAAAUCUUCAUUCCUCUGCAAAAGAAGCCAGACCUGCGUGGACAUCAAAGACAACAUUGUUGACGAAGGCAACUAUUUCACCCCGAAAGGAGAUGAUCCCUGUUUGAGUUGCACGUGUCACAAGGGCGAGCCAGAGAUGUGUGUGGCGGCUCUGUGUGAGCGGCCGCAGGGAUGCCAUCAAUUCCAAAAAGAUCCCAAGGAGUGCUGCAAGUUUACCUGCUUGGAUCCAGAUGGCAACAGCCUGUUUGACUCCAUGGCGAGCGGCAUGCGUCUCAUCGUGAGCUGCAUCUCCUCCUUCCUGAUCUUGUCCCUGCUGCUCUUCAUGGUUCACCGGCUGCGGCAGAGGCGCAGGGAGCGGAUCGAGUCCUUGAUUGGGGCGAACCUGCAUCACUUCAACUUGGGCCGCGGGAUGCCUGGCUUUGAUUACGGCCCCGACGGCUUUGGGACAGGACUCACGCCGCUGCAUCUCUCCGACGACGGAGAAGGGGGAGCGUUUCACUUCCACGACCCUCCCCCGCCGUACACGGCGUACAAAUAUCCGACCAUCCAGCACCCGGACGACCCUCCCCCACCGUACGAGGCUUCCAUCAACCCCGACAGCUUCCUCUGUUCUCCCCCAGACGGAGUCCACUCCCAGAUGGGGCAGAUCAGGCAGCCGUCGCUCGGAAGUGGCGACGUAUCUCCGCCUCUCACAGAGGAAUCCCUUCCGCCUUCGGUCGGCCCUUCCCCAGUGGACCUGGAAGACUCCGCUGACAGCAGUACCCUCCUGGUACCCCCCGACACGCCCUUGAGUGAAAGCAAACCGGCAGAGACAGUCACCGGCGGCCGCCACAGUCACUGCUCCCUGAAUACCAUUGUAUAAAGGAGCGGGCGGGGGAGAGAAAAAAACACAAAUUAAAAGCACACUGCCGGUCAGAAAUAAAAUUUGAGCAAUGUUUGCACACCCAAUGUACAGGCGGACACUAAUCCACGGACUGAACUUCAGAAAUAAGCUCCACUCUUUCCCCCCCCGUUUUUUCCUUUCCCUCCUCCCCUGAACACUACUUCGAUGUUCUAGUUUAGAACCGGGCCUCUCGGCUACGGCUCUCAUUUGUUCUUGGCGGGCUCGCCGUCUUUUCGAAACGAAAACGACCCUCGAAGCGGCACCUUUCUGGCCACGGGAAGAAUGCAGAGAGGAUGUUCCUUUCCUCCCGUUCAUCUCUUUAAAAAAACCCACAAAAACAUUGAAAGAGGAAGAAAAGCAUGGAUCGCUUUUUUGGUCACCCAUGCCCCGCUUCCACCUUUUGAAAUCACGAGACCGAUGUUUUUAAGGGAGGACUUGCCUGGAGUUGGGGGCUGCAGGAAUCUAGAAAGCAAAUUCUGCAGAGGAAGGCACAGUGGUCGUUUGCUGUCAGAUCUUUCACCGCCCGAGUGCAGAAAAUUGGACUUCGGUGAUGCUGGAUGUCUUUUUUGGGGAACAGAACCACGCGCGUGCACACCCCCAGCCCCGGCAGAAUUAGAACGCGAGCCAAAGACGAGAGACCCCGAGGCGCCGUUUGAUCUUCGCAUCGUUUUCGCCAGGGUUUUGAAGGAGGGGACUGGAAAGUGGGUUCCAAGGGGUUACCAAGCACUUGGGCGGGGGUGGGUGGGGGGUAAUUUCCUGAAAAUAGGUACCCAGAUCAAAGUGUAGGAGUUGCAAGUAGCCUGUUGGUUUAGCUGUAAAAAUGUGUCAGUCUGGUCCUGUGGCUGGUGAACUCUGUGACCCACAAAUGAGUGUGGGCCUUUAACAGACAUUGGGCAUUGCUUUGGGCACCUGGGGAAAAGAUGGUGUGGGAAUUACUCCACGACUUUUUUUUUUUUUAAGUUGAUUGGUCCACCAUUCCCUCUUCUUGGUUUCAUCUCAUCCAGCUGGAUUGAUUUUUUUUUUUUAAUUGUGGGUUGAUCAAAGCCUUAAAUGGUUAACUUUAGACCCAGGCAGUGAAUAUUGUAGGGAACCAUGGUCACCGUCCUGAGGGUGGGAUCUGGAUCCAGUAAUCUCUCGCUCCCCACCCCCCAUCUCUACCUGGGUCCCAAACAGUGACAAAGUUGACACUAGGAAUGCUGGUGACCCUGCCGAAGUUCAUAGCCACACCAUUUGGAAGAUGGAGUUUGUCUGGCUAGUGAUUCUCAGAUGGGUGUUGUGUGGCUUUCCCAAGAUGUUCUCUUCUGGAGUCUCUCUCAGAGAGCUCGUGAAUACCGAGCCAGCUCUGAACGGAGUCCCAUGGAACCUGCCCGCCACUAGUUCUCGCCGACCGGAACGGCUGAUGCUCUCCAACUGGAAGAGGCUGCCCUUCGUCCAUGUGUCCCCGUUGCCUAAUGAUAGGCGGGAAGCCUAGAGGGACAGGAAGGGAACACUCGGGCCGGGGGGUGGUUGAGACUAGUGCUACUUUGGGCUUAGUUCACUGGCGAGCCAGGCGGCCGGGGCCGGGCUAGUUCACUGGCGAGCCAGGCGGCCGGGGCCGGGCUAGUUCACUGGCGAGCCAGGCGGCCGGGGCCGGGCUAGUUCACUGGCGAGCCAGGCUGGUUCUGUACCUAACUUUAGGGUGCCUUCCCCUUUUGAAUGGACUGUUCUCCCCCAGCCCACCGCUUUGUAGUUGAUAUCCUUCUAUGCGCAGUCCUGGAGAAGAGUAGACUCUUGACUAGCUUUCUCUGCCAGGGCUGUGCCAGAUAGCGACAUGACCCUCCGUUUCAACACAGCCUGAAUGUUAGAGCACAUGCUUUUGCAUGCAUCAUGCCCUGCGUUCAAUCCCUGGACGGCCCCGCGGACGGGUCUCCAGUCGCAUGGCUGGGAGAAGCCUUCUCCCCGAGACCCCGGAGGGCCAGUGCGAGCCAGAAUAGUGGUCUGGAUGGGCCAAAAGGUCCGGACGUGGUGCAAGGCAGCUUUUGGUGCUCAUCUGUCCCGUGACGAUCAUGUGCACGCAAUCAUAAGCGCAGCACAGCAAUCACGCAAAGGGCCGAGGCCGCUCGGGCAUCACUGCAGGGCGUCUCGUCCCCUGGGGCAGGGCUGGAAUCGCAGGGCGCGGCCCUCGAUCUGACAUGGGGUCGACGAAUGCAGUUGGUCCGUGGAGCUCAGCCUUGGGAAAGGCUCCUGUGGGCCAUGGGCAGCCGCGAAACGGCUGGGUGGGGUUUUUGUGCCCGUCGCCUCGUGUGGCGGCCUGUGAGACCGACGUGGUGCCCUCUGGCCCAAGACUGAAGUCCAUGGACAUGUCUCCUCUGGCCGUGUGCAGAGAUGGUUGCCCAGCCGGCAAGAGCCGGGCCUGUGGAUUCGAACCCAGGCUGUCCCAAUGGGUGGUGUGGGGAGGAAAAGAGGCAUUCCUGACCUGGGGGGUGGGGGCUCAAGGCUGCCUCUCCAUGUGGGAGAGUCUUGGUUGGGGAUGUGGGGCGGGGGCGGGGGCGGGGGAGAUGGGCGGCCGGCGUCCCGGGUCCGAUGGUACAGAGCGUUUCUGAAGUACGAAAAUAAAAGCGGGUUAUGUGCGUUUUUAGCACACUCAUGAGUUUUAUACAUUGUACGUACCGACUUUUUUCCUUUGGUUUUAUAUGUGUGGGUGCAUGAAGCUGCAUCUCUGUGUGUCUGUGUGUGUCUGUGUGGUGUGCUGCACUUCAGAUCACUGCACUUCACUUAAGGCUGCAAGCUGCGAUCUGAAGUGAAGUGCAGCGGCGAACAUAAGAUAGGAAGCUGGUUUCUGGGCUGAGGCUGCAGUUCUCCAACUUGGGCUGCCAGUUGUGGGACUACAACUGCCAUCACCCCCUGCUUGCUUGUGGCAAAAAGGCCGCAUCCUGGGGCAGAGAAUUCCAUAGGUUAAUUCUGCAUUGUGUGAAAAAGUACUUCCUUUUUGCUGGUCCUAAAUCCCUUGGCAGUCAGUUUCAGGGGGGUGACCCCCAGUUCUAGUGUUGUGACGAUUCCAAGCACAGAAUUGGCCUUUUUCACAGAUGCCGCACGUUGGGUUGGGCCAUAGUUAUGUUCCUUGAAAAGGGCUCCAUCUUCACUCUGGUUUCCCAGUAAUGACGACUGGUUUUGCUGGGGAAAGGUGUGUGAAUAAUCUCGGCGGUAUUAGCCAAGCAUUUGAACAGGCGCCAUUGAAUACAUCCUUUAUGGUUGGUGCAGAUUAUCCAGCUGUGACCCUAUAGGGGCUUCUCAACCGGCGGUGGUACCCCAGAGGUUGCCCAACUACAACUCCCAUCGUCCCUUGCCACAAUUUGAGACCAGGGAUGAUGGGAGUUGUAGUUGGGCAGCAUCAGGAGCACCAUCGUUUGGGAAGCCCCUGCUAUAGGGCUAACCUCAGUGUCUUUUAGGAAGUACCCGGACUGCUUUCCCACUCGUCGUCUCACAACAGGAGUUGUAGGCUCACAACAGCUGGAGGACUGCCGUUGGUUCCCCCCUGUGCUGAGCACACGUACAAUGUGGAUGUGCGCAGUGAGCAUCCAUGUAGAUCUGUGUGCACAUUUCGGUCAGACAUUGUACACUUGUCUGUACCUUGCAUUUUUGGAGUCUGCACCCAGGUUCACUUUUGAAAUGCAAUCAUGUACAGCCACUCAUUAAACAAAAGGGUGUGUGUGUAGAUAGGUCUACAGGGAGCAGUGCAGUUUUGCAAUGUAAUGUCUGAAUGGGGCUAGCGAGAGAAGGGGGGAUGCCUAUUUUAAGGUGGGUUUGUUUGUCACCUGCAUUUCGUAUAGCUGAAAAUAAGUAGAUCCCAAUCUUCUGCCCAAUCUGGGACAAUUCUAAGUUUGAUUUUAGGAGUUCUAAAAAUAUAGUUCAUUAACGGAUUAAAUGUUGCAGCCACUACUUGUCUUCGUGGGGUCUUCUUGCCCCCCCCCCCCAAAAUGAAGAAUGGAAGUGGAAACAGAGAGUUGCAGAGAGUUGGUUGCCAGUUUGGCUUUUCCUAAGUGGUCUUUCUUCUAGGAAAGAUGAAAUUACUGUGGGCAGCUUUUCCCGUUGAUAGCAGGGAUUCUCCACCUUGAGUCCCCAGGUGAGGUUGGACUACAACUCCCAGCAUCCCCUGCCGUUGUGGCUGGGGAUUAUGGGGGUUGUAGUCCCAACAGCAUCUGGGGAUUCCGUUUGAGAGUUCCUGGAUUAUGAGAAAUGCCAGCUCCUCACCAUGUUCUUGUCCGGUGUGCUGAAUGCUAGACAAUUUGUAUGCCUGAGAGAGAGAGAAAGUGUGUGUGUGUGUGUGUGUGUGUGUGUGUGUGUGUGUGUGUGUGUGUGUGUGUAAAAUGCGAUGGAUGAGACACUGCUUUUUACCUUCUCUCAGAAAACACUCUGUGUUUGCAGACCGCCCCCACACCCCAUGUCGUUGAUUUGUGACUGGAUUUAUCUGUGGCAGUGUGUGUAAAAAGAUUUUGAUAUUCCAUUAAAUACUCUGUAGAAAUGAAAUUUGAUACUGUAAUAAUUCAGUCCCUGUGACAUUUUAUGUUUUAAUCCUUUUUUUUUUUUUUUUAGGAGACAGAGGAGAAGGAGGGUGGGAUGGGAUGACACUAAUCUUUUAUUUUUCUCAAGAUGCUGUGAGAAACAUUUCAUCCAAAUGCCAAAUAAAACUGUGUUCUGUAAGGAGGA